CCAGAAUGGUCUGCAAUUGACGCCCUCCUCCGAGAAUCCCAGGAUGGUGACUGCCGGACCGAUCCGACCGACUUUCUUUUUGUGUGAUUCUUUCCUCGUUGCUCGUCCUGUCGUUCCUUGAGCCUUGCAGCUCUUCCCCGGCUCUGCGCUAUGAAACUCCUCCCUUCGCCGCGACUUGCAGGCCGGAUUGCGGACCCGUCAGGUUUUCGAUGUACAUAUACCUCCGCCACCCAAUUCUCCUGCCAUCUCCCGCGAUGUUCCCUCCGCCGAACCGUCUUCUCCGACGUCACCGGCUCCCGCACAUCCACCAGAUGCUUCAGCAGCAGCCGCCACAGCAAUGGCAAUAACCAGCCCUCCGCAAACACCGAACCCCCUUCUCUCUCCCUCCCCGAUCAAGUCCGCCUUCUCAUGCGCCGCGUCCCCUACCCUGUGGCCAUCAUCACCUCCACCGACCCCUCCGGGCCCAACUCCCCGCGCGCCUUCCGCGGCAUGACCGUCUCCUCCUUCAACACCGUCACGCUACACCCAGACCCCGUCGUCUCGUUCAACGUGCGCCACCCCUCCGAGACCCUCGCCGCCCUGCAGUCCUCCGGCCGCUUCCUGAUCCACCUGCUAGCGGCCGACGCAGCCCCCGCGUCUCUGGCGCGGGACUUCUCGCGCGGAAACCACAACCUGUCCCUCGUCAGCGGGGAGAGCGACUUUGAAUUCGUCCCGCACACGCCUACUACCUCCACAGACGGGUCCGGGGCGUCCAGAGCAGAGACCAGCGAGCCUCGACCGCUCCCGCUACUCCGGCAGAAGACGACGAACUCGCAUUCCCCGCCCGCCUUCCCCUUCAUCUUCGAGUGUCUGCUGCAUCCGCAGAAUGUCACCGUCGCUGACCACACGAUUGUCGUGGGGACUGUCGUUCGCGCGCUGUCCUCGACCAGCUGCUCUGGCGGCUCCGAGGCGCAGACCGCUUCCGCGGAUGAUCUGUGUCUGACGUAUGCGAAUACGCAUUUCUGGAAGAUGGGGGAGGAGAUUUGAUCGAUUCUUCCUUUUGGUCGCCCUUUUCUUUCGUCCUGGGGGUAUUCUGUGUUGAAUGAUACUUACCUGGGCUUGCAUCCUGGCUCUGGAAGAGCUGCGUGUAUUAUGUUGAUUUGAUGUUUGAUAGAUUAGGUUGGGAUAGAGAGGACUGGCUGGGCACUACUUAUUACUUAUCUAUUUUCCUGAGCUGGUCGGUUGGAUUGUAUAUAGAUAGAACACAAGGAAGGAUAUGGAUAAAUAU